GAACUGAAGCCUACGAGAUAUUUUCAAAAUGCCGCCUCAGACAAAAGAUGAAGAUGUUGAUCAAAGGAAUGUCACGAUCCCCGACUGGGUGAAGCCGGAAGUGUUCGAAAAUCUGCUCAAGAAAAACAUCAAGGAUUAUAAAGAAACGAAGUCGAUGAGGGCUAAAGCAGGAGUCCCUGCUGGGGAGAACUAUGCCACCAUAAUGCUGAGAGUCGAGCUUGAUGUGGUGAAAAAAGAUAAAUCCCAAACGACAACGGCCUUCAUGCUGAAAACUCCCCAUCAAUCUGAGCAAUAUCGCAAAAUUCUUGAGGAAACAAAUAUGUUCGAUGUGGAGCGUGGCAUGUACUUGGAAGUGGUUCCCGAACUGGAGCAGCUGUACCGGGAUGUGGGUGUGGUGGUGAAGUUCGGGGCAGAGGCCUACGAAAUAGAAGCCAGCGAUUACUACGUCCUGCUGGAGGACCUCCGCCCACGUGGCUUUAAGAACAUCAAUCGCUUGGAGGGCAUGGAUCAGCUCCACACCGAAAGUGUCCUGAAGAAAUUCGCCCAGUGGCAUGCGGCUUCUGCUGUCCGGGUUGCCACAAAAGGUCCUUACGAGGAGAAGUUCACGAAGGGAUUUUUGAGUAACAACGAAAUCGUGGAUGCGUUCUGCAAUCGCAGUGUUAAGGUUUUCCUGGAUCACGUCAAUUUGGUCCGAGGUCAUGAAAGUUAUCUGAAGGAUUUGCGAAUUGCUUCCGAAAAGGUACUGGAGAGUGUGGAAGAUCUGAAUACCCCAAAACCUGAUGAGUUCCUUGUCCUGAACCACGGAGAUGGCUGGGCAAACAACAUAAUGUUUCAGUACAAUGAGAAGAACGAGAUACAGAACACCUAUUUCGUCGAUCUGCAAUUGCCCAAGUGGGGAUCAGUGGCCCAGGACUUGUACUACUUCCUGCUCUCCUCGACAAGUCUGGAUAUAAAAACAUCUAAGUUCGACUACUUCAUUUGGUAUUACCACUCCGAACUGGUUAAGCACCUCAAGCUGCUGAAUUACUCCAAGACGGUGCCCACAUUGAGGAGUAUUCGCAGUACUCUUAACCAAUAUGGAGGAUGGGCAUUCAUCUGCGCCUCCACUAUAAUGGCGUACGUUCUGCUGGAUCCAGAAGACGGCAAUGAUAUUGAAAAGGUCCUUGUUGAUGGUGACGGAAGCUUUAAGAAAUCGCUUUACUUAAAUCCCAGGUUCCAAGAGCACAUGGAAGUUCUUUUGCCAUGGCUUCAACAACGUGGGGCCAUGGAAUAAUAUUUAAUAUUGCAUCAUCCAUCGUUGUUAUCAACAAGGAAAUCGAUUCUCAAGAAGCUUGUGGCAUAUAUACAUAUGUGCUUGCCGUUAACAAAUAAAACUUUUCUAGUUCUUAAAGAUAGAGGCCCAAGUGCUUACACUGUCUUGAAUGUCUGAACAAAUAACGUGCUUUAUAACGAAAACUAAAUAAAAAAUGCAUUUUAUUUUAAAUAACAA